AAGAAUCCUGGCGCUGUCAACAGCCAAGGUGUCCCUGUUCACUUCGACUGCCACCAAUUUCCUUUGUUAUGCAUUUUUCCCCAGUCAGCCACCAAAAGGGCGGCACCACUUCAUGGAUGCAGUAUUUUAACCGCUCCCUCUCUCUCUCUCUCCACGUCAAAGAAGCCUAUUCCUCAAAAAGAAAUAAGAACCUGCAGGGACUUUUCUUCUCGUCACUACUGUCUUGAAGGAUUGUAAAGAUCAAACAGAGGAUGGCAGCCACAUCUCCAGUAUUCACUGCCCUUCAGCGCUCCCAUUUUGGCGAUCACGGUCUAGACCCUCAGAUAAAUUUGCAGGUAUUCGAAAAGACAAAAAGGAACCGAAAAGUAGCAAUGGCAUUUGGACGGCGAGCCUCCACGACCACGAGCCCCUCAAUGAAGAGUCUGCAGGUACAGAAUUCACUAGCAAGAGGAGGAAGAGAAAGAAAUAGCCUCAAGAAGAUCGGAAAGGUGAGACGAUGGUGGAACCGAACCCUCGUUUUCUUCUGGAAGAUGAGGAGGAGGUUCGAGCCACGGACUUCAUUGCCUUCGUCGUAUGACAUUAGAAGGAUCAAGCUUGGUGAUGGUCCCUCGACCAUCAGGGCGUGUCCCGCCCCGAUUUAUGGCUCGGCCGACGCUUUUCCUCGCCGGAGAAGCCUGCCGGCAGGCAGGGGAAGAGCAGCAGAAGAUGGGGAAUUCAAUGUCCCGUAUCUCAGCCUGAAGGAGUUCAACAUGGACCCUUGCCGAUUCUCUACCCCCACCGCCCCCAUCUACUUGGUCACUUAGCAUAUUACGAAGAGAGAUUGGACCCCCGUCCCCUCCCUUCUUUAAAAUCCUUUGCUUUUUGGCCCUUUCCCCUCUUCGUUUUAGGUGCUUUUUUGUGUUUCUUCUUUUCCUGUUCUUUGUAGAUUCACUUCAGAUGGUUCGAGUGUCUCUUCUGCAAUGGGAAAUAUAGGGUAAAUUGAUCACUGUGGCUUGAGUGUGUCAUGUUAUAUAACAGAAAUAAUGAAACUUGUUGAGGAAAAACUCAAGAUUAAACUUAUCA